GUAUGUCUGCACAUGGUGCUUCGAACAGGAGCUCCGGAUGCAAGACGUGGAAGAGGAGCAGACGGUCCCAGUCAUUGUGAGGGACUGGAAGCCGGUGCUCACCACAGACUACGGGGUGGAGCGCCUUCGACAGGUGCCGACGAUGCGCCGGAGUCAGAGGGAGGAGGUACGCCAGGAUCCCGGG